GAAUUGUAUAACAAAUUUUAAUUAGAUUAGAUUAGGUGGGUGGGUUUAAAAAGCCCUAUUGGAGAGAGGAGAGGGUGGUGGUGUGCGUGAGAGUGAAGCGAGAAGCGAGAUGGAUCCAGACGCGUUGGCAAAGGCAUUCGUGGAGCACUACUACUCCACCUUCGACACCAACCGCAACAAUCUCGCCAAUCUCUACCAGGAAGGUUCCAUGCUCUCUUUCGAGGGUCAGAAGAUCCAGGGCUCCCACAACAUCGUCGCCAAACUCACCUCCCUUCCCUUCCAACAGUGCCAGCACUCCAUCACCACCGUCGAUUCUCAGCCCUCAGGCGUCAACGCCGCCAUGCUCGUCUUCGUCAGCGGCAACCUCCAGCUCGCCGGCGAACAACACGCCCUCAAGUUCAGCCAAAUGUUCCAUUUGAUACCAACACCACAGGGAAGCUAUUAUGUGUUGAAUGACAUAUUCCGGUUGAACUAUGCGUGAAAGAUAGACCUCUGAGUAUGUUGACAUUUGCCUACAGCUGUUUUGCUUCAGACAUUUGCAUUUGAGAAUUAACGAGUUCAUUUUGGUUCGUGUUGAACGCAUAAUUGUGCCUCUUCUGUUUUAGAAUUUCCUGUUGCGAUUGGUCAAAACGCUUUCAUCGAUAAAUUGUUGAAGAUUGAUGCAAAUUGGAGGGUGAAAACUUUUAUUUUUUUAUAUAUUUGCUUCCAACAUCCCUUGCUAA